AUGGCUUCAGAGAAGAAACUAUCAAAUCCUAUGAGAGAGAUCAAGGUCCAGAAGUUGGUCCUGAACAUCUCUGUCGGUGAAAGUGGAGAUCGUCUCACUCGUGCCGCCAAGGUGCUUGAGCAGCUUAGUGGUCAAAGCCCAGUCUUCUCUAAGGCUAGGUAUACUGUUAGAUCUUUUGGGAUUAGGCGUAACGAGAAGAUUGCUUGCUAUGUGACUGUGAGAGGAGACAAGGCUAUGCAGUUGCUGGAAAGUGGGUUGAAGGUGAAGGAGUAUGAGCUUUUGAGGAAGAACUUCAGUGAUACUGGUUGCUUUGGAUUUGGUAUCCAGGAGCACAUUGAUCUUGGCAUCAAGUACGAUCCUUCAACUGGUAUUUAUGGCAUGGACUUCUAUGUUGUCCUGGAACGUCCUGGAUACCGUGUUGGUCGCCGUCGUAGGUGCAAGUCUCGUGUUGGAAUCCACCAAAGAGUUACAAAGGAAGAUGCAAUGAAAUGGUUCCAGAUCAAAUACGAAGGAGUCAUCCUUAACAAGUCCCAGAAUAUUUCAUAA